CUUGCUUCUCCCUCUCAGUCCCUUACUUAACCUCACUUACUUUACUAAUCUUUCUUUAAUAUUAUACAUUUCUUUAUUAUAUGUUUAUUUACUAAGUACCUCUCUCCUACUCUCCGCCUCCACACAUACAGACCAAGAGGGAGAUAGAGAGGUCUCCCUUCCCUUUACUUUCUGCAAGAGUGUGAGCCAACGAAACGGCUGGGAACGAAUUCCGGGAGCUAAUAUAAUAUCCGGUGGCCGGCGUGACUUUUGUUCGGCGAGAAGCAAGCCAUGAUUGAGAAGCUCGGCACUGAGCCAAGAUGAUCACGGCGGGCAUCGCGGUGCUUGGGGUGGUGCUCGCGCUGCUCAAUGCCGGGCUGGGGCUCAACGCCGACGGGGAGGCGCUUCUGUGGUUCAAGUACGCUGCUCUCAGCGACCCGCUGGCGGUGCUUGACAGCUGGAACCACAGCGACGCCAGCCCUUGCAGGUGGGCCGGCGUCGUCUGCGCGCCGGUCGCGGGGGAGGCCGAGUCGAGGGUCGUCGGGGUGGUGCUGCCGGGCGCCAAGCUGCUGGGGUCGAUUCCGGAGCAGCUCGGCUCCGUGCAGCACCUCCGCCACCUCGACCUGUCGCGCAACGUCUUGAAUGGUACGGUUCCUCCGGGGCUUUUCAAUGCUCGCGAGCUCCGGAUCCUCGCUCUCGCCGAUAACGAACUCUCCGGGGACAUUCCGGCCAACAUCGGCAGCCUGCGUCAGCUUCAGUGUGUUAACCUCUCUGACAACGCCUUCGCCGGAACCAUCCCCGCCGAGCUGACGACCGCUCCGUCUCUACGCUUUCUGUCGUUGAGCAACAAUUAUUUCUCUGGAGAGAUUCCGCCGGGUUUCGGGGCCAAUUCCCAGCCACUGGAGGCGUUGGAUCUGUCGUCGAACCUGCUCAACGGCUCCUUGCCGUCGGUGAUCGGAACCGUCCUGUAUCUGAAUCUCUCUUCUAACCGACUCUCUGGCGAGAUACCGCCGGAAAUCGGCAGGAAAAUCCCUGAGAAUGCGACGCUCGACCUCUCCUAUAACAACCUCACUGGUCCUGUGCCUGACGUCGGGGCCUUCCUGAACCAGAAGUCACAGUCCUUCUCUGGAAACCCAGGCCUCUGCGGCGCCCCGCUCAAGAGUAUCUGCAGUGUCCCGGCUACUCUCUCCAACUCGUCGCUGAACGCCACGACUUCGCCGCCCGCGAUCGCGGCGAUGCCUGAGAGCUUGCCGGAGGAGCCGACGGACAACGGGAGCGCUCCGCCCGUGAAACCGGCAAAAACCGAAAAGCCGAAGCAGAGGACAGGCGUGCUGGCACCGGUGACGAUUGCGGGUAUCGUCGUUGGAAACUUCGCGGCGCUGAGCCUCGUGUUCAUGAUCUUCAUCUACCGGUACCAGGUGAGUCGGAAGAAGGCAGCAGGGGCGUCCGUGGCGGGAAUUUCCCGCGACCCGAAGAAGAAGGACGGUGUCGGGAGAUGGUCGUGCCUUCGAGCGAGCGGGAAAAGAAGCGGCGACGAGGACGACGAGAGCGUGUCGGAAAGCUCGACGUCCGUUUCCGAGUCCGAGGACGAGCCGCGGGAUCAGAAACCGGGACGUCUGGUGAUGGUGGACGGCGAGACGGUGGAGCUGGAGCUGGAGCGUCUGCUUAAGGCGUCGGCCUACAUCCUGGGCGCCAGCGGAACAAGCAUCGUGUACAAGGCGGUCCUCGAGGACGGCACGACGCUCGCCGUCCGUCGAAUCGGAGAAAGCGCGGUGUAUCGGAUGAAGGACUUCGAGAACCGGGUCAGGCUCAUCUCGAAGCUCCGCCACCCGAACCUGGUUCACCUCCGUGGCUUCUACUGGGGCUCCGACGAGAAGCUUCUCAUCUACGACUACGCGCCCAACGGGAGCCUCUCUAGCUUCUCCAACACCAGGAAAUCGGGUUCGUCUCCGGUCCAUUUGAAGUGGGAGGUGCGGUUGCGGAUCUGCCGAGGCUUGGCCCGGGGGCUAGCCUACCUGCACGACAAGAAGUACGUCCAUGGCAACUUGAAGCCCAGCAACGUGCUGCUGGGCGCCGAUAUGGAUCCCCAGAUCGGGGACUUUGGGCUGGAGCGGCUGGUACACGGGAAGGCAAGCAACGGCAGCAGCUCGGCCGUGUACUUUGGCGGGAGCCGGCGGUCGACGCUCUCGCGGGACAGUCUCCCGGCUGAUAUCCCGCCGGCUAGCAGCCCGCUCGGUGGGUCCACCAACUACGUUUCUCCUUACCAGGCGCCCGAAGUGCUUCGGACCCUCAAGCCCACCCAGAAAUGGGACGUCUAUUCAUUCGGUGUCCUGUUCUUGGAGCUCAUCACGGGUCGACUCGUAACCGAAGCGGAGCUUGCGUUAUGGAAGGAUGGUCCGGCCGAGGAGCGGAACCGGGCGCUGAGGAUGGUGGACCCGGGCCUCCGGUCCCAGGUGGAGGAGAAUGAGGAGGUCCUGCUGGUCUGCUUGAGGCUGGGGUUCGCCUGCGUCUCUCCUGCGCCGCAGCGGCGGCCGGCCAUGAAGGAGGUGGUGCAGGUUCUGGAGAGGAUCCCCACUGCCUCUUCUUUCUUGAUCCCAUCUUCCUUUUCUUCUUCUCAUUACUGUUGAUUCAAACCAAGACAAAAUGAAAAAAAAAAAAAAAAAAAAAAAGAAGGGGGAAAGCACCCAAUUUGUUUCUUUUUCUGUUUUCUUUUGGUGGUCCUGCUGACUCACUGAUCAUUUGUAUUAGUGUGCAUUUUUAGAGCUCUGGAUGUUGAUUUUCCCGUUUGGAAGUCAUGUGAAGGGGGGGUGGGGGAGGGCGAGGGGGGUGGUGGUGGGGGGAAGAGAGAGAGAGAGAGAGAGAGAAAAAAAAAAAAGGUGUGUGAUAUAAAAGGUGUCUGAGAUAGAGGAAGAGGGUUUCUGUUGGUUUUGCCAUGUGACCAAGUUGGCCGGUUGUGAUUUAUUUUCUGUGUAUGUUGUAUACAUUGACUUGGUUGUGUCAGAGAUGUGUAUUGAGUUGCAGUAGGGCUAGAUGGGUAUCCCCUUAAAUGAGUACUUGUGAUUUUUUGUAUAAUGAAGUGCCAAAGAGUUCACAGAGAGGAAUGAGGACUUCUGAGCGCUUGAAUUCGCCAGCUGUGUAUAAUUGAUUGUGAAAAGGAGUUCUGGUAUGUCAAACUGCA